AUGAAGGCUGCGUGCAUUGUGGCCUUCUCCUCCCUUUGGGCUUUCGGGCCUUUCGGGGUUUCAGCUGAAACCCAGCCGGUCGUGGCGGCAACGGACGCCGCCGAAGUGUGCCAGUCAGGAAGCCUUAUCCAACAGCGUCUGGGCUCCCAGAAGGCGAUGCUCCCCGAAGAGACCGAGGCGAUGCUUGGCCAGGAGGAUGCCAAGUCGAACGUCACCAAGAAGCUUUCAAAGAAGAAGAGGAUUCAGAAGAAGAAGCAAAAGUCGGAUGAGCAGCACAAGGAGUUGAUGGCCUUUCUCGCUCAGUGGAAGAAGGAGGGCACUGUGCGUCCAGAGGGCUCUGACUGCGAACAGACAGGAGCCCGGCUGGUGGGUGAGAAGAAGGCCAAGUUCGAGCUUCUUUCACACAAGGUCUUUGCUCUCGACCUGGAUGCCGUCAUCGCCCGCCUUGUCAGGAAGCUGGACUACGCGCCCAAGACUGCGAAGAGGGCGGCUGAUGAGUACCGAAGGUUCCUGGUGUUGAUGGGCAUGGGGGAGGCACCGAUCGCCUCCAAGAUGGUCGUGGAUGCCUGGCAAGCCCACAUCAUGUACACGAAGAUGUACGAGCGAGACUGUCAGGAGGUCUUCGGCCACCUGCUGAACCAUGAUCCGCUCCAGCAAUCUGAAGAGAGUCGCCUGGAGCAGACGCAGCAGCAGAUCUGCGACUACUUCGGUCAGGUCGACCGGCUUGUUUGGGCGAAGCCAUCGACACCGGCUGCCCUCUUUGUGAACAUCGAUCCUGUGAAUGCCACCAUGCAGCAAUGGCUGGACCACAUCAACCAGAUGACGAGCCUCCGUGAAGGCCUCCUGGAGGAGGACGUCUACUUGACGGUGCUGUCGCAACACACCAAGACAGCCGAGACCUAUGCAGGCAAGGAGACAGUCCUCUCCUUCUUCCACAGCUUUGGGCAUGCCACCAGGGCCAGGGAGUUCUUGUCUGUGGACACGGGCGCCUUUGCCCUUGAGAUUACGAAAAACCAGAAGAUGGGGGCCAACAUCUUCGAGGUGAACCCUGAAGGAAAGAUCUUCGACAUCAAGAUCUUCAUGGGCUCCUUGAGAGACGACGAGGAGGACCUGAACGACUCGGGGCUGACGAAUGUCACGAGCUUGCAAGCGGCGUUCCCUGUGGAAGCUGACGGCACGUUGACCAAAGCUGCCAUGGAGACGUGGAUGCGCAACAUCCACGACGACACGGCCGAGGCCAAGCGAGAUCUCCUUGCGACCGACGCGCACCUGACGAUCAUGUCUGAAGAGAGCGACGCACCUGAAACUUGUGAUGGGAAGGCCGACGUGAUGGAGAAUCUCCGCCACAUCGGCCAGGGCCAGGCUCGGGAGUUCCUCUCCGUGGACGGAGGCGCCUUCAUGAUCGAGGUCAAGAAUGACGGCAGGAUGGGAACCUACGUUUUUGAGGUGAACGGCGAGGGCAAGAUCCAGGACAUCAAGGUUUGGAUGGGUUCCCUGCGAGGCGUCGACGUGACCGACCCUGGCCUGACUGACAUCGACGGAAAUCAGACGUUGCUGCAGCGCUCACGCAAGGAGCAAGCCCUGGUGGUGGGCUCGACUGAGACGGGGUGCCAGCAAUCCAGCACGCGACCGACGCUGCAGCAGCUGCGCAGGUUCAAUGCAUCUGCCGAGAAGUUGAAAGCGCUGGACUUGGAUGCUGUCGUGGCCGUCCUCGAAAAGGACGGCUACUCGGCCGCCAAGGCAGCAGAUCUCGCGGAGGAGUAUCGCAAGUACCUGACCCUGGUGAGCACCGGCCUUAGCCCAGUGCCGUCGAAGAAGGUGGAUGAUGCGUGGCACGCCCACAUCCUGAACACCGAGAAGUACCAGGCGGACACCCAGGCGCUCUUCGGCCACGUCCUCCAUCACGAGCCAGCGAACCUUCUCCUGGACCUGCAGGGCAUGAAGGAGCAGAAGUCCUCCAUGGACGACAUGUUUUCGCAGACCAAGGCCCACAUUUGUGACUACUAUGGCCGCGUCGAUGAAGAUGCGUGGUCCAAGGAUAAGAAGGAUGCCCUCGGGUUCUGCGCGUGCGGUUGCCAAUGCGGCUGUGGAUGUAGCUGUGGAUGCGCAUGCACAUGCGCUUGCGCUUGCGCUUGCGGGUGCCGCUGA